GUUUAUCCACCCUGCAGGUUUCUCUCCUGAACACACCAUCAGCAUCGCCUUCCGCGUGUUGCAGGAAACACCCAGGGAACCCUUCGCCCUCUGGCAGCUCACUGACAACGACUUCCAGCCCAAGAUGGGAGUGGUGCUCGACCCUACUACCAAGCAUCUGGUGUACUUCAGUCUGGACUACAGGGGAGAAGUACAAGAGCUGACCUUUGACCAGUCGCAGGUCCACAGACUGUUCUACGGCAGCUUUCACAAGGUUCACCUGUCUGUCAGCCAGGUGAGUGUGUCCCUGUCUGUGGACUGCCAGCGUGUGGGAGAGAGGCCGGCCCGCCCUCUAGGCAACCUGCCAACCGACGGCUUUGAGAUGCUGGGAAAACUGGUCAAGACCAGAGGACCCAACAGUGGAUCUGCACCGUUCCAGCUGCAGUCCUUUGAGAUCGUGUGUAACACCACUUGGGCUUUAGAUGAUACCUGCUGUGAACUGCCUGGAGUGCGAGAUGAGGAGGGCUGCCCUGCCCAGCCGUACACCUGCACCUGUUCCUCCGACAUCCCCGGAGCUCCCGGUUCCCCUGGACCAAUAGGAAAACCAGGUCCUCGUGGUGAGAAAGGCGACAAGGGGGAACAUGGCCAAAAGGGGGAGGUGGGUCCUCCAGGAAAGCCUGGAUUAGAGGGAGGUCUUGGACCCCUGGGCAACACCGGACCCCGAGGCAUUGCUGUGCAGGGUAAAGUGGGUCCACCUGGUGCAAGAGGGGAAAAGGGGGAUCCUGGGCGGCCAGGAGGCCAGGGUUUACCAGGACCUCCAGGUCCAAAAGGAGAGGAGGGGCCUCCAGGCCCCAAGGGCAUGAGGGGGCCUGAAGGGAACAUAGGUGGACCCGGCAUUACAGGACCCAGGAGAAUAAAUCCAAGAGUCCACCCUCUGGACUUCAGUCAUACGUACUGUGACGUGUCCUCUGUCAUCGCGUUCAGUCUGCGAGAGCAGAGACUGCAGGCCACUAAUAGGCACGCCUGCAGUCUGUGUCACUCGUUGCCAUGGAAAACAACUACAGUCAUGUACAUG